CAUUCGAGGCAAUCUUUCACGUCGUCUUUACCAAAGGGAUCCAAGCGUCAGCCGAAACAAUGACUCAAACUGCGAUUACAUUCAAUCAGUUCAACCCUGGUACACCAACAACUUUGGUUGAUUACAAAUACACUUCCGGUGAUGGCGGAAUGCUAAAUACGACGUCAUCUUUGUCUGUGCGUCCUAUCCUGUCGUCUGCCAAUGGUAGUGAUGACACACCUGGACACGUUUGGAUACCGAAUUAUUGGUACCAAGUAAUGGAGAGUAAGAUUAUCUUGUUUAAUCACGAUUGGGGGAAAUGGAUUCGUCUGAUAGUUUUGCCGAUUUGUGUCCUUUUCGGAUUGAUUGGGAAUAUUCUAUCAAUAUUUGUCAUGAAUUCUGCAAAGAUGAGGCUCACGUCCUACAGUAUCUUUCUGGCUGUUCUGGCCUUCUACGACAGCAUGGCCUUGGUUGUCAGGUCAAUAUCUUACAUAAAUUUAGUAUCCAAGUUAUAUGGUAAGGACACCCCAAUUACGUUCACGACAGAUCUGGAAUGUAUUUUCUGUGAAUUGUUGACGACGGUUGUUCACAUUUGCAGUGGUUGGCUGGUUGUCUUGGUAACCCUGGAAAGGUUCAUAAUCGUCUGUUUUCCACUGACGGGAAGGAACUUCUGUACAAGGAACGCAGCAAAAGUACAAAUAAUUCUCAUCACCGUUAUGGCAUUUUGUGCGCAGUCUUACCACAUCUGGGAGACGAAAUACAUCGAGGGAACAGGCUGCGCCAUGACGCAGGAAGCACAACACGUACAUUAUUACGUGGCAACAUUUUUUGUUAUCGCGGUGCCUUUAUUUCUUAUUUUCUUAUUUAACAUGACCAUAGUGUGUCUGCUCUUUCGCCCCAAAGUCCGGAGGGUCUCCGGAAAGGAUCAUCACAUAAAACGCGUAACGAAUAUGCUCGUGACACUUUCCUUCACCGUGUUCGGCCUGUGCUUCCCUAACACACUUCUGGCCAACAUUAUAUACUUUCGGCCGAGUUAUUACCACGCAUCUCAGUCUUAUCUCAACAUAUUCGACCUUCUCUGGACAGUUAACUUCAGCGUGAACUUUGUUGUGUAUGUUCUGAGUGGUUACGAGGUUCGAAGGGAGUUCUACCGAAUGAUCGGCUGUAGGAGAGCCAUGAUGUUUGGUACAAGUGACUCCGGCAGCGGUAGCCAAAGGGAAAAUUCUUCUGCUAACGUUACGGCUAGCAAUAAUCACUCGGGACCUCAUUCCCGCACGGCUGCUACUCAAAGCGUCAGGGAGAACAAUUCUAGUAAUCACAUUCGUUGCACCACGUGUUUUCGCCAUUUUAGGACCACUUCCAAAUCAUCACGUGUUUAUGAAGUUCAGAAUGCCGUUUUUAACGAAUCAAGUUUCAGCUCUGGAGAAAAACUUGCUAAAUUUGAAAGAGGAGCCAACACAAAAUUUUCCGAGAAUGACUUUAGGUACUGA